AUGGAUGUUCAGCAGUUGUUUAAAAAUUUAAAGAAGGAAGCCGAGUGUCCGCUGUGCUUAGAAACUGUCAAAGAACCCAAAACGCUUCCAUGUUUACAUUCGUUCUGUUUAAACUGUCUCGACAAACAUGCCGGAUACGCAAGAAGACGGCGAGAAACGAAAAUCAAAUGUCCGGUUUGCCUGACCGACUUUAACAUUCCAAAAAGUGAUACGUUCUUUGAUUUUCCCACAUCCUUUCAUCUCAAUCGAUUUGUGGAUGUCUUAGCUCUAAAUGAUAGCGAUGCAGAGACACAGACAUGCAGUAGCUGCGACGAUACCAGCGUUGUAACUUCGUAUUGUUUUGUUUGUCAAAGCUUGCUCUGUGCAGCUUGUUUUGAAGCGCAUCAACGCUUGAAGGCCACGAGAGGUCACCGUAAUGUUUUUAUUGAGAAACUGCAAGCAAAAGAUGUCGAAGAAUUGAUGCAUCGACCUGCAAUGUGUACCCAGAAAUAUCACCAAAACGAAGCGCUCGAGUACUAUUGUCAAGAUUGCAAGGUCUCUGUCUGCGUGAAGUGUGGAUUUGUGAGUCACAAUGGCCAUGCUAUGGUGGAUAUCGAAGAAGCUGCGAUUGAUUGUAAGAAUAAAAUUAGCGAGGUCGUGAAAAAAGUAAAGUUUCAAGUAGCCGUUCUUGAAAGACAAAUGAAAAGACAAACUGAACUUAUGAAUAAAAGCAUGGCUGAAAUAUAUGACGCUCAAGCUAAAGUGACAAAAACUGUGGAUGAACUUGUGAAAAUUUUGAGGGAACAU